GUGCCUCCAUGGAGCGGGCCAUUAAGCCCUCCUACCGCGUCGCCCAGGCCCGGGGGCCUCCGCCCGCCUCUGAGAAAGGGAAAAGGAGGGGAAAGGAUCCUUCGGGGAGUCCGCCUACUGGCGCUAGGGACUAACUCGGACUCCCAAAUAUGUGGAAUUGCCAUAGAUGCAACAGAGCUUGAUCAGCUCUUCCUCCUCCAGACUCAGAGACCCUGGAGCUUUGAUGAUGGAGAAGUACCACGUGCUAGAAAUGAUUGGCGAGGGCUCCUUUGGAAGAGUGUACAAGGGUCGGAAAAAAUACAGUGCCCAGGUGGUAGCUCUGAAGUUCAUUCCAAAGUUGGGGCGUUCAGAUAAGGAGCUGAGGAAUCUACAUCGAGAAAUUGAAAUCAUGCGGGGUCUCAGGCAUCCCAACAUCAUACAGAUGCUUGACAGUUUUGAAACCGACAAAGAGGUAGUUGUAGUAACAGAUUAUGCUGAAGGAGAGCUCUUUCAGAUCCUAGAAGAUGAUGGGAAGCUGCCUGAGGACCAGGUUCAGGCCAUUGCAGCUCAGUUGGUAUCAGCCCUGUAUUAUCUGCACUCUCACCGAAUCCUGCAUCGUGACAUGAAGCCCCAGAAUAUUCUUCUAGCCAAGGGUGGUGGCAUCAAGCUCUGUGACUUUGGUUUUGCCCGUGCCAUGAGUACAAAUACAAUGGUGUUGACAUCCAUCAAAGGCACGCCACUGUACAUGUCCCCAGAGCUGGUGGAGGAGCGCCCAUAUGACCACACUGCUGACUUAUGGUCAGUGGGCUGCAUCCUUUAUGAACUAGCUGUGGGCACACCACCUUUUUACACCACCAGCAUCUUCCAGCUUGUUAGCCUCAUCUUAAAGGACCCAGUUCGAUGGCCCCCAACAAUAAGUCAAUGCUUUAAGAGUUUCCUGCAGGGACUGCUCACUAAGGAUCCUCGUCAGCGUCUGUCCUGGCCUGAGCUCUUGUACCAUCCAUUCAUUGCUGGCCGAGUCACCAUGACCUCUGAAACAGUGACUUCUGAUCUGGGAACCCCAUUCACCAGUCGACUACCCCUAGAGCUUCAGGCCCUAAAGGAGGAACAAACAAAUUGGCUGACCCCCAAGGGUGGUCAAUCUCGUAUUUUGCGCCAGGCCAGGAAGCGCAUGGCUGAAGAUACUAGGCAAAAGACACAUCUAAACCCUGGAACUUCCCUUGAGCAAGUAGAAAAAGCAAGCAAGGCAGUUCCUGUGGCAGCCUUGUUGCCCAGACUGGGGGCCACCUCACAGGAUCUCGACUUCUUAUCUAGAACGCCUUCCCCUGAAGACAAGAAGGACUGGGCAGAAUGGGAGGCAAGUGAGCCUCCCCAGCCUACACGGGAACCCCAGGUCACCCAGGAGUACGAUCAGGAGUUCCCAGAACUGAAGCAGGAAGCUGAGGAAAGCAGUGUUGGGACCUUGGAGCCUGAGGAGCCAGACAGUGACAGCGAGUGGCAGCACCUGUUGGAGCCUACAGCACCUUCAGACAUCCAGCUAAAAGCCCCCCUCACCCUACUCUGCAACCCUGACUUCUGCCAGCGUGUACAGAAUCAGCUCCAUGGGGCUGGGGGUCAGGUCCUAGAGGGCAUACUAGAUGGGGCUUCCCGCCUGCUUCCCACCCUCCGGGUUGUUAAAAGCCUCUUGACCACCUGCAGUGAUUCAGCCCUGCUGUACGCCUUCUGCCGGGAGGCUGGGCUGCCAGGCCUUCUGCUGAACCUUCUCAGACACAGUCAGAGCAGUGUCAACAUCCAGCAGCAGCCCUGGUGCGGAACUUUCUUGAGGGACCUGGUGGCUACAAUCCAGGCCUACUUUGCUGGCAAUUUCAACCUUGAGAAAAGCCAGACAAGUGACAGCCUCCACGUAUUUCAGGAGGCAGCCAACCUUUUUCUGAACCUUUUGGGAAAGCUUCUGGCCCAGCCCGAUGAUGCCGAGCAGACCCUGAGGAGGGAUAGUCUUAUGUGCUUCACUGAUUUAUGUAAGACCAUGGAUGGCAGCAACCUUGCCAUCUCCAAAUCUUUCUACUGCAGCUUCUUGACCACACACAAACCUGUGCUAGAUGGUCUCCUUCAUGGAAUGGCACUCCCACAACUCCCUCUUCAUACACCACCAGGUGCACCACAAGUUAGCCAGCCACUGAGGGAACAGGAUGAAGAUCUGCCCAGGGCCUUUGCAACAGCACUUGCUGCCAUCUGUACUCUCCCAGUGGGGCUGCCCGGCUGCUGGGAAGCCAAAGAACAGGUCUCCAAGCAUUUGGCAGAUCAGCUGACAGAUGACAGCAGUCAGCUGCGGCCUUACCUUUUCUCCAGUCUGCAGCAUCCUUCUCUUUCCCUACACCUGCUCAAGGUGCUGUAUGCUUGCUGCCAUGUCAAUGAAAAUCUCUGUAGGCGUUUAGACCAAGAACCCUUGGCCUUGGAGUCACUACUCUUGCUGGUGCAGGGUAAGGUAGAUGUAAUAGAUCCAGAAGAGACUGCUGAAGCUACACUUCACCUUCUUUCCCUCCUGGUCCUUCGGCUUCAGGUUUUACCCCCUGGGGUGAAGAAGAUAGGGAAUGAGCUUGCUGUCCUUUUUGUCCAUUCACCAGUUGUCUCUCUUGUGAGUGCGGCGGCUGGUCUGCUGUCACAACUCAGCCAACAGGGUGUGGCCUUCAAUCUCCAACCCAAGGAGUGGAUCGCUGCAGCCGCACAUGCCUUGUCUGCUCCGGCAGAGUUGCGUCGUACUCCACCUGGUGGUUCCGGAUUCUAUGAUGGCCUGUUGUUUCUUCUGUUGCACCUUAUCACCCAGGGUGGAGCUGAGAUAGUGCAGGAUGUGGCCAACUCAGAACUGUGGACCAUUCUGUGGCACCGAUUCUUCAUGACACUGAGGCUGUCUGAGGAAGUACCCACCUCAGAGGAUAAAAUGUCCCUGCCUAGCCAGUCUGUUCCAGAGCCUGAAUGGACUCUCAUCUCUCCCCAAGGCAUUACUGCUCUUCUCAACGUUGCCCUGGCAGUCUUCACCCAGGAGCCCCAUCUGUGUCUGCCCUAUUUGAUUCAGCACAACAGCAUUCUUAUGUCCACUCUGAAGCACUUGCUGUCCCCCAUCUUCCUGCAGCAGCUUGGACAGACCCAACAUGGGUCUGAGCUGCUUCCUGCUGUGGUCCUCCCUGUCUGUCAACUUCUCUGCUUCCCUUUUGCCAUGGACGUGGAUGUUGAUGUUCUUCUAAAUAUCCUGGCAGACCUUAGGGAUUCAGAAGUGCCAGCCCAUCUACUACAGGUCUGUUGCCGCUACCUCCUGCUACCACAGGCUGAACUGCCUGUCAGCCUUCUCGCCCGACUGGCCCUCACAGACUCCACCACCCUCAAUCAGUUUGUAGCCUCUGUGGCAGCCUCGCCUAACACCAUAACCUUCCUGUCAGCCGCCUUGCUCGGGGACCAGCCCCUUCUGACCUCUGAUAUCCUUUCUCUCUUAGCUCAUGCAGCCAGGGCCUGGCCUCCCACCCACUUGCCUUUCCUACAAGACCUCUUAGCAGGGCCAGAUGAAUCCUACUGGCCCCUGCGCUGUCUCCUGGGCCACCCGGAGAAUCCAGUCCGGGCCCGGGCCUAUGGCCUCCUGGGCCACUUGCUGCAUCAGAGCACUGCCCUUCGGGGGGCCCUCCAGAGCCAGGCAGGACUGCUGAGCUUGCUUUUGGCGGGGCUAAGGGACAAGGAUCCUGCUGUUCGGCGCAGUGCCAGCUUUGCUGUUGGAAAUGCAGCCUAUCAGGCUGGGCCCCUGGCCCCAGCUCUAGUGCCUGCAGUGCCUAGGGUAACCCAGCUGCUAGGUGACCCUCAGACUGGGACCCGGCGCAAUGCGGCUUCUGCUUUGGGCAACCUGGGCCCUGAAGGGCUGGGGGAGGAACUACUGAGGUGCCAAGUUCCCCAUCGGCUCCUGGAGACUGCCUGCGGAGAUCCUCAACCUACAGUGAGAGAAGCUGCCCUCAUUGCCCUGCGAAGCCUCAGACAAGAGCCCAGCAUCCAUCAGGUGUUGGUGUCCUUGGACGCCAGUGAGAAAUUAGCUUCACUCUCUUCGGCCAGUCCACUCCCUCCUCACAGUAGUAGUGGUAGUCCCCGACCCUCCUCUGCCAGGCACUGCAAGAAACUCAUCCAUCUCCUAAGACCAGCUCACAGCACAUGAGCCUGAAAUCCUGGGGCCCAAGCCACCAACCUCUUCAGACACCUAGGAGGUCUCUCCCAAUCGACAUCUGCCUGUUCCUCUCUUUCACACAAACCACCAGUUUACCAAGAGACCAGAAGAGGGAGAUAUGGGCCUUUUAUGAUCCCAGAUCCAUAAUGAUCCCAAUUAGAAAAAGUCUUAUUUUCCUCCAGCCCACAGAAAGAUUUCUGCCUUCUCAGGGCCAAACUGGACUUCCAUCCUUCUCCUCCCAAUCUUGGCAGCUUUUUUGAUUCCACAGGAGACUCAUUUCUUUCUCAUAUCCUGGGAUACAUUUUCUCAGUAAAGUACCUUUGAUCCCUGGAACUAGUUUCUUGGAUUUGAGGGAACCAGCAGUCUUCUAAUUGGAACUUCAAAUUAGUCUUUCUUCUGGAGGUCCUUCAUUCUCUUUGGGUUCUGCUUUUGGUGUGCCAGACCCCAUAUCAUAAGCUGGGAGCAGAGUCUAUGCUCAGUUCUGGGGCUAUGUUUAUAAAUAACUGUGUGUCUCCUUGUCCCUGAGGGCCAUCCCAUUGACCUCCAGUUUCCACUUUCUACUCAGACACCUAGCCCCUGUUUUGUACUCAUGUUUCCAUCUACGGUUGAGGGGUGUUAUAUCAAUUUUUUGUAGCCUUGUUUGUAAAGUCUUUUAAUAAAAAAGUGUUUCUCAUC